GCCGAGCACAAUAUUUCCCUAUUUGCUCCGCCUCGCCUCUCGGACUAUAAGCGAGGAAAUACCUCCGAAACACUUCAGUCCUGCCUCUAAACCCAGAGCUGGCUACCUCCCUAAACCUUCUGCCUGCAGUCAGUGCUUAAUCCAGACAAGAGCCUCUACAACCGCCGAAAUGGGGGUCAAAAUACAUGUCAUUUACUGUGGUGCAUGAGGGUACAGGCCCAAGUUCACCAAACUCAAGACAUUGCUUGAGGAUGAAUUUCCAGGCGACCUUGAGAUUACAAGCGAGGGCACUCCCACAACAACUGGCUGGUUUGAGGUGCAGGUGAAUGGCGUCCUGGUGCACUCGAAGAAGAAUGGGGACGGCUUUGUGGACAACGAUCAGAAGCUUGCCAGGAUUGUGAGAGCCAUUGAGAAAGCCUUAGGCAAAUGAAGUCGCGCUGAUGUUGGAGUUUGUUCGUCUCUGUUUGUUGACCUCUCUGAAAGCGCAACAAUGAUGGUGACCUCCGAAGUGCCUUUGGCACGGACGUUACUUGAUGCUUUCCCGCUCUUUCAUGGAGGAGGCUUUCCGAGUGGGCAAACUCCAGAAGCCGGUUUUUAUGUAAUGCUAAGAGAAUUGAAACAGGCAAAUAUUAUGAGCUAUGUAUUUGCUUCUAAGCUUUCUUGCGUUGUGUUGAAAAUGCACUAAUUGGAAGAUUUGAACAUUCGUGAUAAUAAAAAGAAAACAAAUCCAGAAAA